UGGAGUACACGACAUAUCCUGAAAUAACUGCAACUCAACCCAGUUGUACAUGUGUUAUACAAUACCCUUGAGGGUUCCCUGCCUCCUCCAGCACAAAACAGUGUAAACAUCUGUAUGUCAUGGGCUCACCUCUAGUGUUCUAAAGCAUAUUUUGAAUAUAUUACUGGCUGAUGUUUGACGUUACAGCCCUUCUACAGCAGGACACAGAACUAGGAUUGAGUAUCUGCUGACGUUCGCAGUGUUGUGAACAUUAAAUCAACUUUGAGCUUUAAUGAAAUAGUCUCAAUGUAAAUGAUUUAAACCAAUAUUCAGUCGAACACUGUUUGGUGAGAGAAGCAUAAAGCUAGGGGCGAACCAAGCUGAAGCAUUCUUACCUGGUACAGGGGACACCGUGAUUAUAAAGGCGGUUCCACUAGGAAGACACUCUACCAUUGAACAUUGAUUGGGCUGAUGCCUGCGAUAGCCACUAAUGUUAGUUGCUCGGGACGAUGCGCGGUUGAUCCAGGACGUGCCGGAAGUCAGCCCAUGCUUCGAGGAGAGCGUGCUGGUUUGGGUGCCGUACGGCUACAUGUGGGUGGUCCUGGGGCCCUACUUGCUCUACAUCGCACACGGGGACAGGACUACGCCCCUUCCGUGGACACCACUUCAAGUAGCCAAAUCUUGUGUGUCGGGCUUGUUGUUUUGCAUUUUGCUGGCAGCGGUGUCAGUGACAACGACCUCGGGCUACCGCUGUGUGCUUACACCGGAAGUACCACAUGUGUACUACCUCGCAAUUGCCGUAAAACUUGCCACAUUUCUGCUGGUGUUACUACUGGAGCAUUACAUGCGGAUCAACGGGGUAAAAACUUCCGGUAUCAUCUUCAUGUUCUGGUUUCUGGCUGCCGUCUGUGGGCUUCUGCCACUAUAUUCAAUGGCCACAGCGAAGGUUUGGUGCACAACCAGUACCCUGUAUGUCAUGGAGCUGAUCCUUCUGUGGAUACAGCUUCUGCUCAGGUGUUUCGUUGACAGAUACAAGACCAGAGGAUAUAUAGAUUUGGAGCAUGACAAUCCGUGUCCAGAAGAGAAUGCGUCUGUUUUGAACAAGAUAACAUAUUCAUGGAUAUCAUCGCUAGUGGUGAAAGCUUACAAAGAGACCUUGUCUGCCAAUGACCUUUGGGAUCAAACAACUCGUCUAAGAAGCGGACGACUCGUACCCGCGUUCCUGAAAUGCUGGAAGCAGUCAGAGAAAAGGCUCACUCAAAAAAGGAAACAGCGAGUCACAAAGUACGGGCGGUUUUCUAUAUCAUACGAUUCAUCCGAUCCAUACGCAAGCGAACAAACACCGUUGCUAGGCAGUGAUUACGAAGAACCAACAAGCGGACAUAGUUUGACCUUCACGCACUAUCCAGAUUUUGAUGACAAUAAGGGUACAUCAAUAUUUAAAGUUGUAGCAAAGACCUACGGUAUAAAGUGGCUGGAAGCAUGUGGAUACAAAAUACUUGGAGAUUGUGUAAACUUGUUGCAACCCGUUAUUUUACAGAAAAUAAUUGAGAUCAUCGACAAUAGAGACAACCCUGGGGCAUAUUACCCGGUAUGGAUGGGGUAUUGCCUUGCUGUGUCGCUUUUCGCUACAAGCAUGCUGAAAACUUUGUUCUGGCAAACUUGUCUCCAUAACAUGAUCAGCCUCGGGCUUUCUAUCCGAGUAGCGCUUAUAGGAGCUGUGUACAGAAAAGCACUUACACUUAGCAAUUCGGCGAAGAAAACAUCAACCGUUGGAGAAAUUGUAAACUUGAUGUCUGUCGACUGUCAAAGGAUUCAGGAUUCACUGAUGUUUUCGCACCAUAUAAUUUCAAUGCCGUUCGUGAUAAUAGUUGGUAUGAUUCAGAUUUGGGGACAGAUGGGAAUUGCGAUGUUUGCAGGUCUAGCGUUUGUUGUUGUUGCCAUAAUAAUCAAUUCAAUAAUUGGACGUUGCCAACAGUCCCUACAGGUCGAAAUCUUAGCGUUUAAGAGCCUAAGAAUUAAAAUACUCAACGAGGUCAUCAAUGGAAUUAAGGUCUUGAAAAUGUAUUCAUGGGAAAUUCCAUUCCAAAACAAAGUUGCCUCAAUCCGCAAGGAGGAAAUCAAACGUCUAUGGAAGUUUGCACUAUUGACGGCCGCAGGAAUUUUCUUUUCCGUGCACAGUCCAUUCAUGAUAAAUUACUUGCUUGUGUUGUCCUUUACGCUGACUCGAUCAGUGCAUUACCUGGACGCUCAGACGGCAUUCGUUGUUCUGUCUCUGGUUAAUAUUCUUCGAUCACCUAUCGUCCUCACGCCAUUCGUUGUGAAUGGUGUUAUGCAGGGUUAUGUGUCAUUUUCGAGGGUACAAGCUUUUCUCUGGAAAGAAGAUGUGAAGGAAGAUACAGUGGAAUACACGACCAAAGGAGAUCACGUGGUCAAUGUUGAAAAUGCAUCAUUUUCGUGGACCGAAGUAGAUCGUCGCCCUACGUUGAACAACAUAAACCUAAAUGUUGACAAGGGAGAGAUCAUUGCGGUUGUGGGACAGGUCGGGAGCGGAAAGUCUUCCCUUAUUUCGGCGAUCCUCGGGGAGAUGGAGAAGCGUGCUGGACAUGUUGCCAUUCAGGGGAAAGUUGCUUAUGUGCCACAGGAAGCUUGGAUUCAAAAUAUGACUGUAAGAGAUAACAUUCUGUUUGGUCACCAAUGGGACGAAGUCCGUUACAGCAAGGUUCUUAAUGGAUGUGCACUUCUUCAGGAUUUGGAGAUACUCUCCGGUGGAGAUAUGACGGAAAUUGGUGAAAAGGGUAUAAACAUAAGUGGAGGUCAAAAGCAGCGCGUAAGCCUCGCUCGUGCAGUUUACAGUGACGCAGAUAUUUACCUGCUUGACGAUCCUUUGAGCGCCGUAGACUCGCAUGUUGGGAAACAUCUCUUCAAAAAUGUCAUAGGAUCACAAGGCUUGUUGAAACAUAAGACAAGAAUACUUGUUACUCAUGGAAUACACUGGCUGCCGAUGGUUGAUCGAAUCUUGGUUUUAAACAAUGGAGAGAUUACAGAAGCUGGAACGUAUGAAGAACUUAUAUCAAGACGAGGCGCUUUUGCAAACCUUAUACAGACCUUUCUGGAGUUUGAUGACGAAUCCGAUGCAGAUGAUACAAUCAUUGAACAUGUGAAACAAGCACUUGACCAGAGUGGUCAGCCAAUCACAAAAUCUGGGAAGUCCCCAGUGAAAAGGAGACAUCGUAAAUCAACCGAACGGGAAAAGUCCUUAGGAAUGUCCUUUUCAAAGGACACAGCUUUAAAAGGUUCAGAACUGAAAAACGAAGGUGUAAGCAGGUUGACACAGGAAGAACAGUCACAGAAAGGCUCUGUGAAGUGGGCUGUAUUUAGAACAUACGCCAGAGCCAUGGGUAUAAUUGCAUUGAUACUUGUGAUGGUGUUCAUUAUCGGUUUUCAAUCUUUAAACGUCUUUUCCAACUACUGGCUGACAUACUGGACCGAGGACGAACUGAUGAAGAACCAAUCUCUUGGCCAAACAGAGGAGUAUGAAAAUCGCUUCAUUUAUUAUAUUUUAUGGUACACGGUGAUUGGUGUCGUUCAAGGAGGUUCCAUCAUUGCGUUCGGGAUAUUUGCUAUGACUCGCAUGGUUCGCGCCUCCGGAAUACUUCACAACCGGAUGUUAGAGUGCAUUCUCAGAUCUCCUAUGUCCUUUUUCGAUACAACACCUGUCGGGCGGAUAAUAAACAGAUUUUCAAGUGACAUUGACAUAAUGGAUGACCGCCUUCCCUUGAAUUUCCGUCUAUGGAACAUUCAGAUCUUCAGCACCAUUGCGACUAUUGUUGUGGUGUCAAUCAACACUCCGAUCUUUCUUGUAGCUAUAGCACCUGUCACAAUUAUAUAUCUUUUAUUACUGAAAUUUUACCUACCAACGGCACGCCAAGUGAAGAGAAUGGAGUCUGUUCUCCGGUCGCCUAUCUACAACCAUUUUAGUGAAUCUAUUUCCGGAGCAAGCGUUAUCAGGGCCUACCGAUGCAUGGAUAGAUUUAUCAAAGAAUCAGAAAGAAGGGUCGACAAAAAUGCGAAGUUUUACUUUGCUGCGUUGUCGGCAGGACGGUGGAUCGCAGUUCGACUUGAGACACUUGGAAAUUUCUUGAUUUUAGCUGCUGCAAUAUUUGCUCUGCUCUCCGAUCUUAACGGAGCCCAAGUGGGAUUGUCUGUCACAUAUUCACUCCAAAUAACAAUAAGCCUUAAUUUGGUCAUACAAGCAAUAAGUGAGUUGGAGAUGAAUAUUGUGUCGGCAGAGAGGGUUUCGGAGUACACUGAACUUAUUUCUGAGGCUCCAUGGUCGAUACCAGCGAGACGCCCAAGCCGAGAAUGGCCACGUACAGGGGAUAUUGAACUGAAAAUGUACCGAACCCGUUAUCGCGAGGGUCUUGAACUGACAUUGAAGGGAUUAAACUGUCAUAUACAGUCCGCUGAAAAAAUUGGCAUUGUCGGUAGGACCGGGGCUGGCAAAUCUUCUUUAGCUCUCUCUUUGUUUCGAUUGAUCGAAGCUGCAGGAGGGUCCAUUGUCAUCGAUGGCAGAAACAUAGCAAAUAUGGGACUCCACGAUCUUCGGGAUAAACUCACUAUUUUACCACAGGAUCCAGUGUUAUUUUCCGGAAGUCUACGAGAGAACUUAGAUCCUUUUGGAAGGUUCGAUGAUCCAGCGCUCUGGAAAGCUCUUGAAUGUGCACAUCUAAAGGAGUCCGUAGACGCUAUGCAUGGACAACUGGACUAUGAGUGUGGCGAAGGGGGAAGUAACCUAAGUGUCGGACAAAGGCAGUUGGUUUGCCUAGCGCGGACUCUUCUCCACAAGACCCGUAUACUUAUUCUUGACGAGGCAACGGCGGCUGUUGACCUGGAGACGGAUGAACUAAUUCAGGAAACAAUUAGGAGGGAAUUUAGCGAAUGUACAGUACUCACUAUAGCCCACAGACUGAACACAGUGAUUGACUAUGAUAGGGUGAUGGUUCUAUCUGAAGGCGAAAUAGUUGAAAUGGAUAAACCAGGAAAUCUUCUACAAGACGCAAACAGCGCUUUCUACAAAAUGGCGAAGGAUGCCGGUAUAGUUUAAAACAUGAAAAUACUUCGUGGUUUGGACGUUACGUUGUUAAAAAACGACAAGUGAAAUGAUAUAUUCUAAAGCCUAUGAACCGAACUCACUAUCGUUGU